GCGCCGGGGGCGGUCCCUGCGGGGCGGGCGGGGCUCGGGGUGGCCUUGGCCAUGAAGCCACAGCCGCCGGGCUAGGCCCCGGGCGGCUCCAGCCAGGGCUGCCCGCGGCGGGCUGGGCCCGUCCCCGGCUCCGGGCUCCGGGCUCCGGGUCGCGGCCGGCGGCGCGCUCACGAUGCCCGGCAAGCACCAGCACUUCCAGGAACCGGGGGUCGGCUGCUGCGGGAAAUACUUCCUGUUUGGCUUCAACAUUGUCUUCUGGGUGCUGGGAGCCCUGUUCCUGGCCAUUGGCCUCUGGGCCUGGGGUGAGAAGGGCGUUCUCUCCAACAUCUCGGCGCUGACAGAUCUGGGCGGCCUGGACCCCGUGUGGCUGUUCGUGGUGGUUGGAGGCAUCAUGUCGGUGCUGGGUUUUGCUGGCUGCAUCGGGGCCCUCCGGGAGAACACCUUCCUGCUCAAGUUUUUUUCAGUGUUCCUUGGCCUCAUCUUCUUCCUGGAGCUCGCGACAGGGAUCCUGGUCUUCGUCUUCAAGGACUGGAUACGAGACCAGCUCAACCUCUUCAUCAACAACAACGUCAAGGCCUAUCGGGACGACAUUGACCUCCAGAACCUCAUUGACUUUGCUCAGGAAUAUUGGUCUUGCUGUGGAGCCCGAGGGCCCAACGACUGGAACCUCAAUAUCUAUUUCAACUGCACUGACUUGAACCCGAGCCGGGAGCGCUGCGGGGUGCCCUUCUCCUGCUGCGUGAGGGACCCCGCGGAAGAUGUUCUCAACACCCAGUGCGGCUACGACGUCCGGCUCAAACUGGAGCUGGAGCAGCAGGGCUCCAUCCACACGAAAGGCUGCGUGGGCCAGUUUGAGAAGUGGCUGCAGGACAACCUGGUCAUCGUGGCCGGGGUCUUCGUGGGCAUUGCCCUCCUGCAGAUCUUUGGCAUCUGCCUGGCCCAGAACCUCGUGAGUGACAUCCAGGCAGUGAAGGCCAACUGGUGAAGGUGCCACGUUGGCCACGGCUACCGCCUGGCCUGCCCAGGGACCUGCCACAGCGCCGUGAUGGGCGCAGCUGCAGGAGGCCUUUCUGCUUGGACCUGAGCCGCACGUGGGGCUGUGUGUGGGUGUGCUGUGUGCCCACAGAGAAGCCGCAUGCCUCUGCCCGUUCUGGACGUGUGUGCAUGGAGGGCGUGUGUCGGAGUGGGGGUGCACAGGAGCUGUGCCUCCGCGUGGCUGCGGGGCAGGCUCCCCGGGGGACGGGGUCGGGCGCGGGCCGGAACACACCUCUCUGCAUGGGGGUGUGGGGCGGGCGCUGGGCCUGCUGUUGCCUGAGAUACGGGCCCCACGCAGCUCACGCUCUCUUCUCUCUUGGCUGUGACCUUGACCCUCCCGGGAUCCCACUUCAGCCUCAACGUCUCAGACUCUAAAGUGAGUCUGAGUCUGAGACUUCUCUCUCCCGUGCUUGCCUCUCAGGAUCAAACACGAUGAUGGCUGCAAACUACUUAAAUAAACAAAACCUUGAAAACCACUGGCUUACCAUUCCCCCCUACCCAAACCCGCCCCCCAGUCUGGUUCUGUCAGCCGCAGAGCCCCGGCCCAGACCCACCCUGCCCUGUUUUCUCUCCGGGCCACGCGGGAAGAAGGCCAUCGGGCUGCGACAGCUCUUUGGUGGCAGCGCCUCCCCGUUCUCUGAAGCCCUGCCCGACCCAUUCUGGUCACGUGGCCCUGCCCUGCGGACCCCGCAGGCUGGGAGCAGCCUUCCCCACCUCUGCAGGGGUGUUCCCUGCCAGCACUGCCGAGGCCGAGCCUGGAGGGAGGCGCAGGGGUGUGAAGCAUGGAGGCCGGGCUCUGCCUCGAAGAGGCCAGGGAAGGGGGCUGACUCUGCUGGGGACGGGAGCGAGUGCCAGGGGGCCCAGGAAGGCUGUUGAGGGGUGGUGGGGAGUCUAGUGGGGAAGGGUGGGGGACGACAUUCCUGGGCACACUUGUCUGGAAUAAAGUUCAAAAUCUUCCUGGUGGCCUUAUGGCCACCAGAGGGCGCACCAGUACAGCAUUCUCUGCAUCGAGCUCUCCUCGGCAACAUCACCCAGUGAAGACCAGUGCCUGGUGAGUCCACCCUGCUUCCCUAGUGCUCUCAGGGUUCAGGGAACUGGAAAGCCUCCAAAGGAGCAAACUGGGAAAGUCAGGCUGUUCUCGGUUCUGCCUCUUAUCACCUCAUGAAGGGGUGUGUGUGGAGUGGCUGCCAUCCCCGCCCUGGCUGCCUGCUCUUUGUGACUGGUUCCCAGACCUCAGGCUCAGCUGUCCUGAGGGCGGGGUAGGUCAUACCAUAGGAGAAUAAGUUAGGCCUUUGGGUAGUGAGGCCUCUGCCAUGCUAGGUUGACUUUCCCAUUGUUACUGAAGACUGGACACAGAGAAACAUCGCUUUGUGACAAAUAUAUACAGGGGUGGGCAAACGUAGGUUUACAGCUGUGAGUGUGAAAGCUUGUUUUUAUAUUAUUUAUUAAUUGCAUUAUUUCCCACAAGAACAACUGCAGACCUCCUUCUGCCCACAUCUGUGUUUGUACAAUCAAGAUGACAAUGGCACCUGGCCCGAGAGACAACAGGGUGUGGUGGGGCCUAUGGCAAAGUUGGUGACUGUCAUGAAGGUGCAGCUAAUUGCUGUAAAGUGAGAACGCAGGCCUAGUGUUAGUAAUCUGGAGAAGCCAGAAGUCCGGAUUUUUACGAAAAAUAUUUUGGUUUUAAGUUUCUUGGCAACUAAUGA